CAUAGACACGUUAGAAGGGGGAAUGUUUUUUAUUGAUGCACCUGGGGGCACAGGAAAAACGUUUUUAAUAAAUUUGAUAUUAUCUAAAGUUAGAGGUAGUGGUAAAAUUGCGCUUGCAGUAGCAUCUUCAGGUAUCUCAGCAACCCUUUUACCUGGUGGUAAAACGGCCCAUUCCAUGUUCAAAAUACCGAUAGACAUUGACAGAUAUGAAUCACCAGUUUGUAAUAUCUCUAGGAAUAGUGAUAAAGCAAAAGUGAUGAGAGAUGCAUGCUUAAUAGUCUGGGAUGAAUGCACGAUGGCCAACAAGAAAGCAAUAGAAGCUGUUGACAGAACACUACAAGACUUACGAAACAAUACAAAAAGAAUGGGGGGCAUAACUUUUUUAUUUUCCGGUGAUUUUCGUCAGACUUUACCGGUAAUUACUAGAGGUACAAGAGCUGAUGAAGUGAAUGCAUCUCUUAAACGAUCUUAUCUAUGGAAUAAUAUUAAAAAACUAUCACUAACUGUAAACAUGCGAGUCCAUCAAGGAGGUGAUCCAAUUUCUCAAAAAUUUUCUAAUUUAUUGUUGGAUGUAGGGGGUGGAAAUAUAAACGAUGAAAAUGGAGAAGUAUCUCUGCCUGAUGAAUUAUGUUCAAUAGUACCAUCUAUAGAAGAUUUGAUAGAAAAAGUAUAUCCAGGUAUAAGAGAUAUUAAAAAUAAAGAGGACUCGUGGUUAUCAGAGAGAGCUAUUUUAUGUCCUAAAAAUGAAAUGGUAGUCCGUAUUAAUAAUACUAUAAUAGAUAAGUUUGAUGCAAAUGAGAUGGUUUAUGCAUCAAUCAAUACCACGAUUAAUCCAGAUGACGCAACAAACUAUACUGUUGACUUCUUAAAUUCAAUAAGUGUACCAGGACUUCCAUCGCAUACAAUUAAAUUAAAAAUUGGCGCUCCUAUAAUUUUAUUGAGAAAUUUAAAUCCACCUCAACUUUGUAAUGGUACAAGAUUACGAGUCACAAAAUUACAAAAGAAUGUUAUAGAAGCUACUAUAUUAACUGGAUCAGGAAAGGGUGAAAGUGUAUUCAUUCCUCGCAUACCUCUUAUACCUAAUAAUUUUCCAUUCGAAUUCAAACGCAUUCAAUUUCCUGUCAGUCUUUCUUUUACAAUGACAAUAAACAAAGCUCAAGGACAAACGAUGAGCAUUACUGGAGUAGAUCUUCGAACUCCCUGUUUUUCACAUGGACAACUAUAUGUAUCAUUAUCAAGAGUAAGAUCAAAUAAAAAUGUAUAUGUUUGUGUCAAUGGAGAAAAAACCCGUAAUGUAGUCUAUACUGAAGUACUGAAUUAAUAAAUUAAUAUUUGAAAAAUAUAAACUUCGAUAUAAUAUUAUUUAUAAGUAACACAACUCAUA